ACGUCACUCGGUAUACGCGCCGGAUUUGCACUGUUGUGUUGUCUUGCGGCGGCCAAGGCCAAGGCUGUCGAUGAUUGUAUUUGGAGAUGGCAUUGGUUGGUGAUUGGUAUUGAUAAGUGUGUUUGCGAAUUACGGUAUCACAUUUACCCUUUUUUAAUCGGGAAGAGUGCUUGGAUAUUUCAGGCCGUUUACGCAUCACAGUUUCAUCCAUUUGAUACAGUCUGUGCCCUGUGGAGCCAAGAAAUGAGUGCUGCUUCGGGGCGCAAGUGGUGUUUUGUGCCUAAAUGCGAGAAUACGAGCACUAGAAUGGCAGGUAAAAUAUUUUUGCCAGUUCCACGCCAGAUUCCUGCCAGAAGGCAAUGGGCGAAAAUGGCUAGGCGUGAAGAUGCCAAUGCAAUUACUUCAACAGCACCAUGGUUCUGCUGUGAGGACCAUUUUGAUCUGGAAAAUGACACAACCAACUGGCAACGUUUCAAUAUGGUUGGUGGGCGCUUGCUGCUCAAGAAGGGAAUCCUGCCUCACAAGUUUGAAUGCCAAGGCAGACAUCAGGAGCGGGUUCGUGCAGCUGCUGCCAAGCGUGAUCAACAAAGAACUUUGACUGCAGCUUUGGAGGACUGCACUGACAAGGAGACUGAUACUGAAACUGGUGAGUCUGCACGAGCCCAAGAACAAGACAUUCUAGCAGCAGAUGCAGCAUCUCAAUCUUCAACUUCAGAAGAUGUGGGCACGCAGGUGGAAGUUGAAAACUGUGAUGCAAGUACACAGAGCAUUGAGAGGCCUCUGUUCUCUGUUCAUACACAGACUGAUCACUCCAUGUAUGGUAGCAGGGAUAGUGAUGAUGGGAUGGAGCAUGGUAAUCAUGAUAGUGAUGACUCAUAUCAACCAGAUGAUGACUCUGAUGAGGAUACAUUUGAUGAUGUUGGUAGCAUUAACAUUGCAAACUUAGAAAGGAUGCGUGGUCUGUGUAGGAAGGACCCUAAGAGUUACAUGGGCUUAAAUGAAGAGGGAUUUCUCAUGCUUGAGUUUGUUGCCACAAAAGUAAAGGGUGUUUGUGGAGGGCAGUCCAGGCUGACUGUAUUUGAUGCAUGUUGCCUUGUCAUGGUAAAACUCAAGCAGGACAGACCGUUUCAGCUCAUAGCCGAUGAUUUUGGAAUUUCCAGGUCAUAUGCUUGUCGUUUGUGGCGCGGAGUCCUCCCCCAAAUUUCGGGCCAUAUGCAGGCAUUUGUAUUUUGGCCAAAACGUAGGGACAUAUACAGAAAUAUUCCACUGGCAUUCAAGGCUCGUUUCAGCCGUGUAACUUGCAUCAUAGACUGUUUAGAAAUAGAGAUUGAAAAGCCGUCAGUAGCAUUGAAGCAGUCAAAGACGUAUUCAUCAUACAAGAGCUGCAAUACUGUGAAGUAUCUUGUCUCCAUCGUCCCUAGUGGAAUGUUUAAUUUUGUGUCUGGGGGAUAUGGAGGCCGAACAUCUGACAUUCAAAUCUUGCAGGAUUCUGGGUUUAUGGACUGUUUAGAACCGGGAAUGGUGGUAAUGGCUGAUCGUGGCUUCAAAAGCAUUGAACCACUGUUGCGAGCGAAAGCGUGCUACCUCAUUAGACCAGAUUCUGUGGGCAGUGCUGACAUUCCUGAGGCUCACCGCGUAUUGUUUUCAAAACAGGUUGCCAGUCUCAGAGUGCAUGUGGAAAGAGCAAUCCGCAGGAUUCGUGAGUUUGCCAUGGUGAAGCCCCAUGCGGUUGUGGAGUGUGUUGUGGUACCUUGCUUGAACAGGGUGCUGAAAACUGUUUGUGGAUUUGUAAACCUGCAGCAUGACCUGACAAAAGUGUGACUGGGUGUGAGUGAGGACUGAGGAGAUGUAUGCAAUACAUGCCAGCGAGU